UUUAAUAUAUUAUUUUUCUAUAUCAAAAAAUAUAUAUUCUUUAAAAUGUCGAGAGAGUCCAGUAGAAGGUCCGUGGAUAUGGGCGCCGUGAAUCGAAGUUUGAGGAGAGGCAAAGCUAAAGCCACCUCCGACAGUUCGACCUCACGCGGUUCUCGAGGAAGACACUCCGUCUCUUCGUUUCCUAUUGUCCCAUAUCAUUUAAUCGGGGACGCUAUGACGGAUGAAGAAUUCAACCAGAUUUAUUCUGGUAGAGGAGACGCGAAUCUCCCCACUCUUGAUAGUCUAUUCGAGGAUGUUGAUGAAGCAGGACUGGAUAAUCUUGACGGGGACGAUGAGCCUACACCGCAAAGCAACGACGUUGACGUGGAGGCAGGUGAGCCCGAGACCUCUCAAGGUCCGGACAAAGUUUCCGGCGGUUAUGGCGGUCCGGAAAAACACCUAAGGUCGAGGCAUCCCGUGGAGUACGCCAAAUACGAGGCCAAAAAAAAGGGACGACAAGAAGUGCAAACCCAAAUUUCUCGGUUUGCUAACAGAGGGUUAUACGGUACUGUACAAGAAGAAACAACACCACCUCCACCCCCAAAAUCAAAAAAAGGUUUUGCCGGCAUAGUCGGUGGCCUUCUUGCAAAGAAAGGGAAGCGUGCCCAGUCUUCGACGAGUUCAAGUGGUACAACAGUAAGCUCGCACAAUGAACUUGCUAUGUACCAGGGUGUGCCAUGCGAUUACGAUGACGACGACGUCGAUUUUGACGUGCUCAGAUGGUGGAAGCGGAACGAACACAUGUUCCCAUGUCUCGGCAUGCUAGCAAGACAAGUGUUGUCCGUCCCGGUAUCAACCAUAGCAGUUCAACGAGAAUUCAGUGCUUGCAGAAACAUUCUAACCGACUACCGAAGUUGUCUUAACGCUGAAUCUCUUGAAACACUGGUUUGCAACCAAGAUUGGCUCUUGGCAAGACGUCGGGCUCAAGAGUCAUCGUACCAACUCGAAUCGGAGCAUUAUAUGAAUGCAACCACAGAUGGAAGUCCGAGUUAUGAAGAAUAAGUUAUAAUUUUUUUUUAUGUUAAUGUAAAUAUGUAAUUAGUUUUUUUAGGUGAGCGAUAUAUAAGCUCCUUCAAGGGUUUCUUUACGGUUCUUUACCUCGUCGCUUUUUUUGAACCGUCAGGAUAUUAAAUGUGGUUGUUCUUCAGUAUCACAUAAUGAGUAAAAGUUAUAAAUUUAUUGUUGAUGUAAAAAUCUAAAAAAUAAAGUAAGAAAGGAAUUUGUUAACG